AUGAGUUUUGGAAUGGGAGCAGCUGAAGUUGGGAAUGUGAAUGUUCCUUUCGACUCUAGUGCAAUGGACAACACUGGAUUAAGCGAUACAGCUUUGUUGUCGUUCGUUAGAAAAGCCCUUGCAUCUGCAUCUGCCGAAAAUGGGAACUCUGACCAUUAUACUCAGAUUGUUGGAUCUAUGUACCUUAAAGAAUAUUCAGAUACCGAUGCAGUGGCACAGCUUGCGGUACUCUUAAAUUGUCUAUCAAGUUCUGUUGCUUGCAUAAAUGUACUUCGCCAUCGAGAUCUUCUUUCUUCUGCUGCUACGAGUGGAAAGUAUCUGGACCCUUGUUUGAAUAUGCUUAUAAGUAAUUUCCUUCCACCACCUUUUGUGACGCGUCUUGUGCUAUCCCGUCUGAACGAUAAGAAGCAGGAAGUUUUUUCCCGGGUGCAUGCAGCCCUGCAGAAAAUUUCUUAUUUGGUUCCUCUUGCUCCAUCGAGUUUAUUGCCCAUACUCAUCCAAAGAAUGCCUAAAUUGCAUGCCAAGGAACAUUUGGUGAUGACAUAUGUUGAUAACUUGUUGAUGUUGGAGAAUAGCUCAAUCGGAAAAGUCGUUGGCAGCAAGAUUCUUACGGUGGUGAUGGAGAGGUUGCGAGAUUUGGAUUUGGAAAUUGGAUGGGAUGAUAUUCUCCAAGAUGACUCUAGUAAAGGCAUGUUUGAUAUGGAACUUGAAGAUGCAGUUGACUGCAGUAUGAAUGAAAGGGACGAGAUUGCAGUGGGGUCUCAAGAUAAAAAUCGUUCAGAUGGAAAUGCAGUCUCUGAGUUGUUGGACAACUUGAUGGUUAAAUCGUUUGAGCAUCUUGAAUCCUGUGAAAAAGCUGGUCGUUUGGAUGAGGUGUUUGAAAUUCUCUUUGUUUCCUUUGAGAACUUGAUUCUGAACACGUUUAAAUCAAAAUUUUCACAGUUCCUGAUGUUCUAUGCGUGCUCACUAGAUCCUGAAAAUUGUGGUGUUAAAUUUGCUAGUAAGCUGCUGGACAUAUUUCUCUCCAGCAACAAGCCACGACUUACAAGGCGAGUUUCAUUUUGUCCUUUAUGGAUGAGUGCAGCCGCUUAUCUAGCUAGCUACUUGUCUCGCGGAAAGUUUUUGCCAGUUUCUUUUGUGGCUAGCAUAUUGAAAAGAUUGGUAGACGAGUGUGCGGAUUAUUGCAGAAGAUGCGAUGAUGAUGUUAGGCCUGAAGCACAUCAAGUUUUCUAUUCUGGAUGUCAGGCAAUCUUGUACGUGCUAUGCUUCCAGAUGAGAUCCAUUCUGGAUGUUCCUCGCUUCCAAUCAGACCUUGCACCAUUGGAGUCAAUUUUAACUCACAAACUAAACCCAUUGAUGGUAUGCCUUCCAUCUGUAGUUGCUGAGUUCCUUAAACAAGCCAAAGCUGGUGGUCUAUUCAUCGUCUCAGAAGCCUUCAUUUUCGAUGGCCUACUUGAGUCUGAGCUUUCGCGAGCCUUUGGUGGGUUUGAGAGGCUUGAUACAUUCUUCCCAUUUGACCCGUGCUUGUUGAAAAUCUCUAGCAGAAACUUAUUGAAAAAGGUUAUUGUUUUCUUGUCAAAUCUUGAAGACAGUGACGAAGAGUUUGAUGAUGGAGAGGAUCUCGAUAAUGAUAUGUACAAGAUGUCGAUAACGCCUAAACACUCGUUCAUGAGAGAAACACAGAGACUAUCGAAGAUGCCUUCAAGAAUUAGACCAUCCACCAGUCCUGAAUCCUUGUGA